UGCUCAUUCUAUUCAAUUGAAACUAUAACAUUGUGAUAAUAUACUCCGUACUUGGCGCUGUCAGGACCCUGGGAUUCCCGAUGCGGAGAAGAUCUCGGCCUAAAAUCUCCAAUUUCCGUCCUCCGCUACUAUUCACAACUCGGCCACCAUGGACACUCAAAACUCCCCCAAAGCGAACCCCUCGUCGCCAUCCUCCUCAACUCCUCGAGAACCCAAACUUCAUCUCCCGUCCACCACCAACCCCCCAGGUCCGCAGAACCCACCGAAGCCGCUCGUAUGGCUGGUACGGCUCCGCGAUCCCAUCCCAGCUAUGGACUACAAUACCUAACUAUAAUGCUAGAUCUUCGGCGCAACAGGCCACAUGGGCCGCUCCCUCGUCAAAAACGCCCUCUGCCGCAAUGAUCUCGUUGCCGCCGUCGGCCGCAC